AUGACUCAUGAAAGCUUCCUUGCUGCCACCGUUUUGGCAGAGGAUGGGCCCACGGCUCGAGCGAUUCUGUGCGGCGUAACCGAGUCCCGCGAGCGGCACUACUACAUCUCCGUCCGGCAUUACAAACCUCAGAACUCGGCCUCGCAGGGUCUUUCUACUAUCAAGCAGUUACAGAAAGAGCGGAGGCCGACGAGCGCUCAAUGGCACGAGUUGCAUCAGAUCCUCGUCAAACAGCCAUCUGUCGUGCAGGUGCGCACUGACGUCACAGAGGAGGCCGAGCAUAUCAUGAAUGCCACGGAAAAGCUUCAAUCGGAUUUAAUUGAGGAAUCAUACUGUUGGUGGCUCGAGGGCAUCGAGUAUUCCUUGACUCGGAUGUUCGUGGCAUCGUUGAAUCCGGACCCGACGGCACCGCACCAGGUUCCCAACCCGAAGACGCUCCAACCUGUCGGCAAUUUUUGGAUCCUUUAUGUCCGUGCCAAGGUUGAUUCUUCCCCGGCGGCCACGAUGCCGGAUCGCGUCAAACAAGCACAGGCACAGCUGGUGCGAGUUCAGGAGCAAUUCAAGGGUGUUUUCGACUUCCCGAAGCCUGGCCAUACCACUCUGAUACCCAUUGGGUCAAUUCUCUACCCAGAGAGCGACAGCGAUGAAGACGUUGGUGAAGACCGUGAAGGCACAGAGGUGACAGGACGCCAAGGCUUCAACUAUAACUAUUCAGAGGAGCCAUCCUCCUGUGUCCCAUCUUCUUUCAGGCCAACCCUGGUCUCGGUGAUCGACUGCCCCUUGAUUCCACUUCCUGGAAAGCCGGAGCCACUUGUGAGCAGUGGGCGGGCGAGCCGAUUGGCUUCCCAGAUGAACCCCUGGACUGUGGUGGGGCUGGUUCCAUUUCAGGGUCGCGACGUCUCAGCCCGCGCCAAUUGCGACGAGGGCAAGCCGACCUGCAAGCGGUGUGAGAAGUCGAGGAGAGAAUGUGGUGGGUACCGGCCCGAGUUCGAGAUUGUCCACCGUGACCAGACUGGAUCGACAGUGCGUCGCUUGCGUAAGGCUGGCGAUGCCCAGCACCAGCAUCCCACGACUCCUCGCCCGUUUGUUUUCAUUCAGGAAGAACCGCAACCAUGGCGACGGCGACAGAGCCCGAGCCCGUCCCCAGUAUCAGCGCUGACCAUCCCUAUCGCCCACCGAGCUUCAUGUUACUUCGCCUCCAAUUUCAUACUUGUGCCCGUCGGCGUCGCCCCGCACGGCUUCAUGGAAUACCUAGUCCCGCUGAUGGACACAGAACCUCCAGAGAGCGCACUUCGCUAUGCCUUCAACGCUUGUGCAUUUGCGCUGCUAGGAAAUCGCGCUAGAGCCGACGGAAUCAACCUUGCCCAAUUGUCCCUAAAAGAACACACGAUGGCUCUGGCCCAGACGCACAAAGCACUCGGCCAUCCUGCUGCUGCCAGCACUGAUUCAACCCUGGCAGCGGUUCUGCUGCUGUGCUUGUACGAGACCCGUGGCCGUGAAGACAUGUGCCGGACCCGGCUGGGUGCGCUUUUAUUCACGGCUGUGCGGCAUCAUCUGGUUUCGCGUGUUUUGUCCUCUGGGUUACCCCUGCCCUUCGGCACUGAUUGGUGGAUGGCCGGCGGAGAUACCGGGUCACUCUUCGCAAACUGUCAGCGUUUUAACCUAAGGUUCAGCGAACUAAGAGCCGAGGCGAACCGGCUCCUAGGCAACGCUUCAAGGUCACCCGAAUCCCUCGCGCAGAUGCACGAGACAGCAACACGUAUCCAAGAUUUAGAUCAGGAGGUCGCCGAUUGGCUAGUAUCCAUCCCCGACGAGUUCCGGUUCCGGACUGUGUGCUUAGUACCCGCAGACGGCCCGGGGAACCCGAGUGGGAGCUCCGGCGAGAAAGAGGCAUUCCCAGGGCGCGUCGAUGUUUAUCCCGACUUUGUCUCCGCCAUGGCGUGGAAUAUGGCGCGAGUCUCGCGCCUUCUCCUCGCCUCGCUCAAUAUCCGGAUUGCUGCUCGGGUCUGCUCGCCGGCUGACUACCGCACCACUCCCGAGUACAAAAACUCAAAACCCGUCUGCGAAAGUACUAUCGCAGACAUAAUCGCCUCUGUGCCAUACCAUUUAGGCUGGCGCAUGCAUGGCAAGGGGCUGAAUGGGCCAGGGUUGUCAACCUUCGCUUGCGGGGAAGAAGGGACCUGCAAAGCUCUGCCGGCUUUGUUUUUGAUAUGGACCUUGACGUGCGUCAAAAAUCAUGAUAUGUCGACGGAAGAACAGCGCGGAUGGGCUAAAGGCCGCCUCAAGUUCAUCGCCGAAGAGGUUGGUUUGAAAUACGCCCAUAUCGUUAACGAGGCCAACCUCCGGUUUCCGUCCAUGAUGAUUCGUAAGGAUGGUAUGUUGGCGGCGGGAGUGGACCCGUUGCAAGUUAUAAACGAGGCGAAGAUGGCCCGAAUUAUCCCUCCAACGCCGGAGAGCAUGACUUCUCCAUCACCAAGACCUUCCGCCUGA